AUGUCAUCCUACACCCCAAAGACAGAUCUGUGGAUCGAACGAAGCCGUCUCGCUGGAAUAAUAAUAGGGGCUGUGUCAUAUGGUGUAUACUUUCUCCUUACAGUACAAUCCAGCAUCGCUCUCGUGCGGCGGCCUCGACAUGGGGCACAAAUUGCAAACCAUCGUCUUGCGCUUCUUUUUUACAUUUUCAUCACGUUCGCAUUGGGGACGAUAAGCUUUGCUGCAAACGCAAAAUAUACGGAGAUGAUUUGGAUAGACCUUCGCGAUGCGCCUGGUGGACCGCUCACACUAAUCCAAAACGAAAUGGCUUAUCGUAUAAACGUACUGGCACUUUCCUCUGGCCACGUCCAGGAGUGGUUUAUGUCGGCUCUGCUCCUAUACCGCUGUUUUGUGAUAUGGAACUGGUUAAAAUGGGUGAUGAUCCCGAUGACCACACUCUAUAUUGUCAUGAUCGCAUUGUCUGUUCUUAUCCAGGUGGAGGCGAGCUCCGGUGUAGUAUUUUAUAGUAUCGGCACCGAGCUUGCUUACCUCUGCGUCCAAGUGGGAUUCACCGUGAUUUAUACCGUCCUCGUCGCGCAUCGUUUACUCAACAUGCGAAGCCAGAUGAAGCAGGCCGUGGCCCAUUAUGAUUCUAGUCUUUAUGAUACCGUCGUCCUCAUGCUCAUCGAGUCUGCCAUGUUCUACUCUAUGUUUGCUAUUACUUUCAUAGUUGCCUUUGCUCUGCAUUUAAACGGUAUCACUACCUUAUGCUUCCUGUCUGUUGGCCAAGUGCAGGGAAUUGCGCAACUGUUCAUCAUCAUCCGUGUCGCAACGGGUCGGGCAUAUACAAACGAAUGGUCGACCCGAGUUGCUGCAGCACCUACGACUGUAGUAUUCUCAGGCAUUGCAUCAGACACAACAGAAGAACCAACCGACGAAGAAAUAGCUAGGCCAGAGCAGAACGUUGUUCGGAGGCAUUCUACUUCCGAGAAAGCGGCAGAAGUAGACGUGUGUAUAGCAUAA